AUGGCCGAAGACUCGAACAUGGAGCAGCCGACGUCGGACGCCUCGACGGCGGACAUCAGCCACCCGGGCGACGGGCUGACCACGACCACCACCAGCAACACCUACAACAACCACGACCAGAGCCAGAGUAAGGCCAGCUCGAAGAAGAAUAGUAAAGUUGCUGUUGCGGCGAAGGAGACGCAGCGGAAGAAGAGCUCGAGUGGAGGCUCGAGGGCCUCGAACGUCAGCAUUCAGGUGAUACUGCUCGAUGAGGAGGAGUUUGCCUGUCAGGUUGAUAAAAACGCCAAGGGCGACGAGGUGCUGAACAAGGUCUGCGACUACCUGAACCUCCUCGAGAAGGACUACUUUGGCCUGUCCUUUCGCGAUCACGAGGACUCGAGGAACUGGCUAAAUCUGGAGAAGCGCAUUGGCAAGCAGCUGAGAAACACCUCCUGGAUCCUCCGCUUCGAGGUGAAGUUCUACCCACCGGACCCGACCCAACUGCACGAGGACAUCACCCGGUACUUGGUCUGCCUGCAGAUCCGCAACGACAUCCUCUCCGGGCGGAUUCCCUGCUCCUUUGUGACGCACGCCAUUCUCGGCUCCUUCCUCGCCCAGUCGGAGCUGGGCGACUACGAGGUGGGCGAGCACGACGAGGGCGGCCACUACCUCAGCGCCCUCCACUUUGCGCCGAACCAAUCGGCGGAGUUGCAGGAGAAAGUGGCCGAACUCCAUCGCCAACAUCGAGGCCUCACCUCGGAGGAGGCGGAGCUGCAGUACCUGGAGAAUGCGAAGAAGCUGGCGAUGUACGGCAUUGACCUGCACCCGGCGAAGGAGCAGUCCGGCCUGGACAUUAUGAUGGGCGUCAGCAGCAGUGGGCUGCACGUCUUCCGCGACCGCCUCCGCAUCAACCGCUUCAGCUGGCCGAAGAUUCUCAAGAUCAGCUACAAGCGCAACAACUUCUACAUCAAGAUUCGCCCCGGGGAGUUUGAGCAGUACGAGAGCACACUGGGCUUCAAGCUGCCCAACCACCGCUCGGCGAAGCGCCUCUGGAAGACCUGCGUCGAGCACCACACCUUCUUCCGGCUGAUGCAGCCGGAGGCGCCGCCCAAGGCGAAGCUCUUCCUGCCCCGCUUCGGCUCCCGCUUCCGCUACUCGGGCAAGACGCACUACCAGACGCGGAUGGCCAGCAAUCUGAUUGACCGGCCGCCGGUCAGCUUCCGCCGGUCGCUCAGCAGCCGCCACCUGACGAGGAGCAUUGAUGGAGGCACUCCUCGAUCCACCGCCUACGAGACCUCCACGCUGGACCGGUCGCCGAAGAAGAGCCGAGUGGGCAGCGGCGGCGCAGUGGGCGGCGGCUUUCACGGCGGUGCGACCACCUCGAUGGAGGCAAUUCCCUCCUCGGGAGGUGGUGGAAGCUCGAAUCGACACUCGGCGGCCUUCACCUCCUCGGCGGUCACCUCGCCGACGACGCCCCCCAAACAACAGCAACAGCCUGGACAGCGGAAACCAGUGGGCGGCAUUGCCGUCCUUCCGCCCAUGGAGAUGCGGCGCAUUGAGGAGCAGCGAAAGACGCCCACGCCCACCGGCGAUGGAAGGCAGUCACAGGCAGGAACACAGGGUGGUGGUGGUCGGCCGUUUUCGGCGGCCUCACUCAAGAGUCCCACGUCAGAGACGACCUCUGAGAGCACGGUUCGCAGCAAGUCGCGCACUUCGGGCGGCGGCGGCCAUACGGCCGACUCGCUGCUCGCCUCGCCGACGUACCACAACCACAGUCAGGACUACAACGCCUACAGCUCGACUAGCAGCGCCGGACCGAAGAGCAGCACCACGACGAAGGUGGUGGAGGCCUCGGAGGACGAGACCAAGGGCUACCACGCGGCCAGUCCUGAUGGCCGUCGACAGACCACCUACGAGGAGCGCUCCAAGAUGCGCCACCUAAGGGAGAAUGUCACCACGGCGACGAUGAUCAGCGACACCACCGAAGAUGGUAGUGGUGGAAAUGCAGGCAAGGUGGGCUUUCCCAAGACCACCUCGACCAAAGGAGCGGUUCCGGUCAUUGCCACGGAGACGAGGAAGAUGGCCUACACGGAGACGAAGCCGUCUGCAAAGGGCAAGCCCAGUGGAGGUGGCUCGUCCGCCUACACGCCACCGCCGCCGCCGCAGUUUGCCAACAGCGGCGGAGGCGACGACAACAACGGCGGCAUCACCGAGGAGGAGCUGCGCUCCAUUCCCGGCCUCGAGAACGUCGACCCCUCGGACAUUAUCUCCUCGCAGACGAUCUCCUCGAAGACGCGCACCGUCGAGACCAUUACGUACAAGAUGGAGAAGGACGGCGUCGUGGAGACGCGAGUGGAGCAGAAGAUCACCAUCCAGUCGGACGGCGAUCCGAUCGACCACGACCGGGCGCUGGCGGACGCCAUCCAGGAGGCCACCAUGAUGAACCCCGACAUGACCGUCGAGAAGAUUGAAAUUCAGCAGCAGUCGUCGCUGCAGUAG